AAGUCGGAAGUCGGAGCCGGUCGCAGCGGCGACGGGCUCGUGGCGAGUGCUGCGGGUCACGUCAGGAGUUUGGGGUUCCCCGGGGUCAGCCCAUGCCGAGCUCACGGCUCCUGGUGCUCUUCGGCAGCCAAACGGGCACAGCCCAGGAUGUGUCGGAGAGGCUGGGCCGCGAGGCCCGGCGCCGGCAGUUGAACUGCCGGGUGCAAGCCCUGGACUCCUACCCGGUGGUGAAUCUGAUUAAUGAGCCCCUGGUGAUAUUUGUUUGUGCAACUACAGGCCAAGGAGACCCCCCGGACAACAUGAAGAGUUUCUGGAGGUUCAUCUUCCGGAGGAGCCUGCCGUCCACUGCCCUCUGUCAGAUGGACUUUGCUGUCCUGGGUCUCGGGGACUCGUCUUACACCAAGUUCAACUUCGUGGCCAAGAAGCUGCACCGCCGGCUGCUGCAGCUCGGGGGCAGCGCCCUUCUGCCCGUGUGCCUGGGCGAUGACCAGCACGAGCUGGGCCCCGAUGCCGCCGUCGACCCCUGGCUGCAGGAUCUGUGGGAGAAGGUGCUGGGGCCGCACUCUGUGCCUCUGAACCUCGACCUGAGCCCUCCUGGAGUCCCUUGGCCCUCCAAGUUCACCCUGCAGUUCCUCAAGGACACCCCCAGCUCGGGCCCUGAGGAGCUGUGUGUGGCCGGAACAGACCCUCAGGGACCCCCUUCAGAGCUGCAGCCGUUCCUGGCACCCAUGGUCAGCAAUCGGAGGGUCACGGGGCCCUCGCACUUCCAGGACGUGCGGCUGAUUGAGUUCGACAUCUCAGACUCUGGGAUCAGGUGCGGGCCAGCCCCGGGGCCCCGCGGAGUCAGGGCUGCACGAGGGAGCCACGGUCCGGGGUUGAGCCGCUCCUCUCCCAACGCGGGUGCGUGUCGGCCGAGAGCAGAGACGACAGCUGGGGAGGUGGGACCCACCCGUCCAGGGGCCCCCUGGCCCCCCGCCUCCUUCCUCUGCGGUUUCCCGGAGCCCCAGCGUCCUCCCCCCGCAGGCGGGCCCCUCCCCAGGCCCUGGCUGUCCUUUCCCCACAGCUUUGCAGCCGGAGACGUGGUGCUGAUCCAGCCCGAGAACACAGCCAGCCACGUCCAGCAGUUCUGCCAGGCGCUGGGCCUGGACCCCGAGCAGCACUUCACGCUGCAGCCCCGGGAGCCGGGUGUCGCCUGCCCCGCGCGGUUGCCACAGCCCUGCUCCAUGCGGCGCUUCGUGUCCCAGUACCUGGACAUCGCCAGUGUCCCCCGCCGCUCCUUCUUUGAACUCCUGGCCUGUCUUUCACCCCACGAGCUGGAGCGGGAGAAGCUGCGGGAGUUUGGCUCCGCACGGGGCCAGGAGGAGCUGUGCGAGUACUGCACCCGACCCCGCAGGACGGCCCUGGAGGUGUUGUGCGACUUCCCCCACACGGCUGCUGCCGUCCCCCCAGACUACCUGCUGGACCUGGUGCCCCUGAUCCGGCCUCGGGCCUUCUCCAUCGCCUCCUCUCUGCGGGCCCACCCCUUGCGGCUGCAGAUCUUGGUGGCCGUGGUGCAGUACCAGACCCGCCUCCGGGAGCCCCGCCGUGGCCUCUGCUCCAGCUGGCUGGCGUCCUUGGACCCUGCGCAAGGACCUGUCCGGGUGCCCCUGUGGGUGCGGUCUGGGGGCCUGACGUUCCCAAAGAUGCCAGACGUACCUGUGAUCAUGGUGGGGCCCGGCACCGGCGUAGCCCCCUUCCGAGCAGCCAUCCAGGAGCGAGUGGCCCAGGGAGAGACCGGAAACGUGCUGUUCUUCGGCUGCCGCCGGCAGGACCAGGACUUCUACUGGGAGGCUGAGUGGAAGCAGCUGCAGGCGAGGGGCUGCCUGACUCUGGUCACGGCCUUCUCCAGAGAGCAGGAGCAGAAGGUGUACGUGCAGCACCGGCUCCGGGCGUUCGGGCCGCUGGUGUGGGAGCUGCUGGAGGGUCGGGGCGCCCACUUCUACCUGGCAGGCAACGCCAAGUACAUGCCGGCCGAUGUGUCCAACACCCUGCUGUCCAUCUUCCGGGAGGAGGGCGGGCUCUCUGGCCCCGAUGCGGCCGCCUACCUCGCCCGGCUGCAGCGGACACUGCGUUUCCAGACUGAGACGUGGGCCUGAAGGGCCAUCCUACUGUUGGCCACAGCCACCCUGCCCGACGCUCUCUGGGGGCUAUUGUUGGCUCUCGCCCUGUCUGCUCCCAGCUGGGAGGGUGGUCAGCUCUCCUGCACAGACUUCAGCAGUAGGAGGAGGCCCUGGGCAGCACACACCUGCCCGCCCAGUUCCAGGAAAGCCUCAGCAAUAAACGCCAGGCUCUUGGUG